AUGGAGGCCGGUUCGGGCCCGGCUCUGCGGCCGGCGGAGAACGGAAACUCGGCCCGGACGCGGCCGCCUGAGCCGGCGCCGAGCUCGGAGCGGGACCCGGACCCAGAGGCGGGCGCGCGGGCCUGGCCCGAGUUCGCGGCGCUGCACGGGCCCGCCCUGCGCGCGUCGGGGGUCCCGGAGCGCUACUGGGGCCGCCUCCUGCACAAGCUGGAGCACGAGGUUUUCGACGCGGGGCAGGUGUUCGGGAUAAUGCAGGUGCAAGAAGCGGAGGAUGAGAGCGCGGAGGCGGCCCGGGGAGAGCAGGAGAAGCCGCCCAACCCGGGUGGCGGCGGGCUCUGCUACAAGGUCAUCGUGACCAACGAGGCCGGGCUGCAGGCCGCAGACCCCAACAGCAUCUUCCUCAUCGACCACGCCUGGACUUGCCGCAUACAGCACGCCCGCCAGCAGCUGCACCAGGUGCCAGGGCUGCUGCACCGCAUGGCCAGCCUGAUGGGCGUCGAGUUCCACGGGGAGGUGCCCAGUGCUGAGGCCGUGGAUCUGGUGCUGGAGGAGAUGUGGAAGUUCAACCAGACCUACCAGCUGGCCCAUGGGUCGGCCGAGGAGAAGGUGCCGGUCUGGUACAUCAUGGACGAGUUUGGCUCCCGCAUCCAGCACUCGGAUGAGCCCAGCUUCGCCACCGCGCCCUUCUUCUACAUGCCCCAACAGGUGGCCUACACACUGCUGUGGCCCCUGAGGGACCUGGCCACGGGCGAGGAGGUGACCCGGGACUUCGCCUACGGAGAGGCGGACCCUCUGAUCCGGAAGUGCAGGCUGCUACCCUGGGCACCCGCCGACCUGACGGACCUCAGCUCCUCCACGCCAGAGCCGCCCGACCGGCACUACCAGGCCAUCUUAGAGGAAAUCAAGGAGAAGCUGCCGCUCCCCAUCAGCCCAGCACCCUAUCCCCACGACCACAUCUUCAAGGUCUACACGGACAUCCAGCAGGUGGUCGGCCACCUCACCCACCCGCGCUUCACCUUCACCCAGAGCGAGGCGGACGCGGACAUCCUCUACAACUUCUCGCACUUCAAGGACUACAGGAGGCUCAGCCAGGAGCGGCCCAACGUGCUGCUGAACCAGUUCCCCUGCGAGAGCCUGCUGACCGUGAAGGACUGCCUGGCCUCCAUCGCCCGCCGGACGGGGGGCCCCGAGGGCCCGGCCUGGCUGCCCCGCACCUUCAACCUGCGCACCGAGCUGCCUCAGUUUGUCAGCUACUUCCAGCAGCGGCAGCAGCAGGGCGAGGACAACCACUGGAUCUGCAAGCCCUGGAACCUGGCUCGCAGCCUGGACACCCACAUCACCCGGAGCCUGCACAGCGUCAUCCGGCAUCGUGAGAGCACCCCCAAGGUUGUGUCCAAAUACAUAGAAAACCCCGUCUUGUUCCUUCGAGAAGACGUGGGCAAGGUCAAGUUUGACAUUCGCUACGUCCUGCUCCUGCGGUCGGUGAGGCCCCUGCGCCUGUUCGUGUACGACGUCUUCUGGCUGCGCUUCUCCAACCGGCCCUUUGCGCUGGACGACCUGGACGACUACGAGAAGCAUUUCACCGUCAUGAACUAUGACCCGGAAGUGGUGCUAAAGCAGGUGCACUGCGACGUGUUCAUCCCAGAGUUCGAGAGGCAGUACCCCGAGUUUCCCUGGAGCGGUGUCCAGGCCGAAAUCUUCCAGGCCUUCAAGGAACUAUUCCAAGUGGCUUGCGCCCGGCCGCCGCCCCUGGGCCUCUGUGACUACCCCUCGUCCCGGGCCGUGUACGCCGUGGACCUCAUGCUGAAGUGGGACAGCCGUCCAGACGGGAAGCAGGUGAUGCGGCCCCAGAUCCUGGAGGUGAACUUCAACCCCGACUGCGAGCGCGCCUGCAAGUACCACCCGGCCUUCUUCAACGACGUCUUCAGCACCCUGUACCUGGAUGAGCCCGGCGGCCACCACGUCACCGCCCUCCUCUAGGCGCCCCCCUGCAGGCGCCCCCCUCCAGGCCCUCGCCCUGCCGCGUCCGAGCUCUCCUGCCAGGCCCCCCUUCCUCCGCCCCAUCUCCGUUCCUCGCCCCGGCUUCGCCCCUGGAGGUGCAGCGCCCUCCUGCCCACAGGGGUCAGAAGCAGGGCCAGGCACGGUGUCCCAGGCCUGAGGGCCACUCCCCUCGCAGCCUCAGUGCCACCAAGGCCUUCGUUCCAGAGCGUGGCUUCCUGGCUGCCACAUUUGCUUGGAUGUAGUGAAAAGAGGGCUUCUGGGGUGCAUGAGGCAGUGUCCCCAGAAUCAGGCUUCCAUGGGGGGGCCCAUGAGCAGCCUGACUCCCCAAGGCGGGGCAGGGUCUCACCACACCCCCAUCCCGUGCGACAGCAUCCCCAAAACCCCCUGCAGAAACUGCCCCCAGACCCAGCCUUCUCCAGCUCAGCCAGAGCCUCCACCGGGACCCACCCGGGAGACCCCGGGGCAGGAGGCCACCCGGUCACCUUUGCCUUUCGGCUGCCUGGCCCUGCUGCCUCCCUGGCCGCUGGCCCUGCCCCCUGGGAUGCCUGCGGGGAGGGCGCGGGCAGCUGCGGAGGGCGGCAGCCACGAGGCCUGCCCCCCAGCAGCCAGAGUCAGAAUGUCUGACUUUUGUUACUUUUGAAUUUAUGGGGGGAAAAUGGAACAUUCUACGACUUUCCUUACUCUUGUUUCUGACUUUGGACCGUGAGGCGGGCCCUGGGCAGGGGGCACUGCCAGCUGCUGUGUGUGCCAUGGCGGCGGGCAGGGCCCAUGUUGGAGCCAAACUGGACUCGACCGCCUGCGUCUGUCUGUCAGGUGCGUCUGUCCGUCGGGUGCGUCUGUCUGUCUGUUAACUGCAGUCUCAGUCCUCUGCUGGGGUCCCUGCCACCCCUCAACCCAGUUUACUCCGCAGUAAAGUUGCCUUCUUGACUUUCGGGGCCCUGGAGCCCGCGCUUGUUGACUGCUUUGUGGGUGGUGGGAGAAAACCUGAGGUGCUGAGCUGUGUGUGUCCAGCAGCCGGAGAAGGGGUGACCUAGCACCCCCUCCCCCGCUUACACUCGGGACUGGGGCAG